UUGGGUUUUUAUCAGCGAAUGUGUCAUUUUAGUGGUUUUGUGUAGUUAGUUUUGCACUGCAAAACAAAAUGAAUAUUUUCCGGCUUCUUGGCGACCUAUCCCAUCUUUUAGCUAUAAUCAUUUUGUUAUUAAAAAUAUGGAAUUCCAGAUCAUGUGCAGGAAUAUCUGGAAGAUCUCAAUUUUUGUUUGCAAUAGUGUUCACAGCACGUUAUCUUGAUCUAUUUUUCACAUUUAUUUCAUUAUACAACACUGUUAUGAAAAUAGUUUUCCUUGCCACUUCAUAUGGAACUCUGUACUUAAUGUACAUCAAAUUCAAAGCUACUUACGACAGUAAUCAUGAUACAUUCAGAAUUGAGUUUCUAAUUCUACCGGCUAUUGCAUUGGCACUCCUCAUCAAUGAAGAAUUCACGGUGAUCGAAAUUUUGUGGACUUUUAGUAUUUAUCUAGAAUCGGUCGCAAUUCUGCCACAGUUGUUCAUGGUCAGCAAAACAGGAGAAGCCGAAAGUAUCACGUCACACUAUUUGUUUGCUUUGGGAUCAUAUCGUGCUUUGUACAUUUUGAACUGGAUCUAUCGCUGGUUCCUGACUGAAAAAUUAAAUGCAAUUGCUAUUGUGGCGGGAAUAGUGCAGACAAUUCUGUACUGUGAUUUCUUCUAUUUGUACCUAACCAAAGUAUUGAAAGGAAAGAAGUUGCAACUACCAGCCUAAGCUCAAAAAUAAGCUGCAAGUUAAGUUGAGUUGAGUUGUUUCUCUGGUCCCUCCCAGUGUCGAUUAUGUAGAACAUAAGUUAUUUAUUUUUGUGUGAUUUUUAUGAAUUUUUAUGUUUAGUUUUAAUUCAUUUCAUAUUAUUAAGAGUCUGACCUGAAAAUCUUCAUUUAUUGCACAAUCUUACUGCUUCCUUCUGUGUUUAAUUUUUGUUCAGCUUGUGGAAAUGCUCAAAAUUUCAUAAAAUUACUCUCUGCCAAUUAAAGCUUGCAUCCAGUUAGUUUGUUCAAUCUAAAGCUGGUCAAAGAUUCAUCAUCUUGAGGUCAUCAAAAUGUGAAUGAAGCCUUCUUUUUCUCUGUGAAAGUCUGCAAAUUAAUUUGAUGCAUGCUGUAUGAAAGUGCGCAGAAUGUUAUGAGUUUAAAUGGAGCCUGCAGUUCAGAGUUUAAAACCAGCCUGCAGGUGUUCAAACUUAUGUCCCAAGAUCUCUCAUAUCUCGACUUUAAGAAAUUAACAGUGAUUUGAAGACAUUAUCAAAUCUAAAAUUGCAAAAUGCCAUUAUUUUUGCUUGUGACAUUUUAAAUUUUUUCGUAACACAAACUGUCAUUUUGUUAAUUUAAGAUUCUUACUCUUCGAAUCUGAUAAGCAAAUGAAAGAACACUCCAACCAGUUAGCAAUUGAGCAACUCUGGAAAUUGGCAUUAUAUAUUGGAGAUAUAAGAGUCACAGACAAGAAGAAAGAAAAAAUUAAUUUCGAUUUGCAUUUAAAGGAAAAAACUAAAUCGUUUGUCAUCUUGCCAUGAAUUCCACCAAUAUUUGCAGAGUUUGAGUACAUCUUUUCCACUUGCUGUACGUGUCAGAGGCUUGUAGCUCAAAUAUUUUUGGGAUAAUUUACAAGUAUGAAGGAUAAUUUCUUUUCUCUCCAUCUAAAUCAUCUUAAUUGGGGGUUUUGAUUUUUCUGACAAUCUAAGAAAAGGAAGGAAGUCUCCUUUCACACUCUUUGUUUUGAUUUUACUUUUUUGGCAAGUGUAAUCAGAACUUUGCCUGCCUAUUGUGUGAUCACUAAUUGGGGACACAUACCUGUCAAAGUAUGUGUUAUUAAUGUUUGGUCAUUGUUUCAUUCAUGAUGUAAAAAUCAUAUGAUAUUAUGCAAUUUGGUAUGUUAUAUUGCUGUAUAUUUUGAGUUUUGGUUCGCGAGAUCAGUUCAGGAACCUAAUGAGUAUAUUUAUAAUUUAUCCUAGUGUUUUUAGAGUAUGUAUAACUUUUUCCAAGAAUUCCUUUGAAUGUCUUAAGAGUUUUUAUUUAUUUUUUAAUUUAUCUGUUUACUUGUUGAAGUCUGUUGUGUUUUACAUUUGAAUAUGCAAGGGAGGUUUUGCAACUCAUUUUGAAAUAUUCCUCUUCAGUUGAGAAAUGUGACUUAUUAAGCAAUAAAAAUAAGAUGAACUUGCUAUUAAUCGUUAAUUGAUUGGUGCUGUAUUUUUUACUCCGUACUCUCUAAGUGAGUUUUUUUCAGCACCAUGCAAGUCGAUUUUUGCCAAUGAUGUAGGAUUAACUGAAUUCUCACCUGGCAAAGAUUGAAUUCUGUUCCAUGAGUGUACAUUUCACGUCAAACUAUCCCACCAGAUUUCUUUCCUGAACAACACUUAUCCCCCGAAUCACUUUUAAAAGUUGACUGUUUGAGUCAGAUGAUUUUGAAAAAAGUUGUCAACAACUCCUCAGCAGCAUUAGCUGUGAAAGAUUCUGUAUUAAUAAGAAAUUUUUUAGCAUCACUCAAGAUCAGCCUGAAUGACUUUUUUAGGUGUCCAAGUUGAUUACUUAGGUACAACUCAUACUUUAAGCUCAUUGCAGACAGGAAACAGGUCUAUAUUAGGCUCGAUUAAAGUUACUUUCUACCGUAUAAUUGCUGAGUUACUUUUUCUCAUCCUACAAACCCAACUAGAGUGUUUUCCUGAAUACAUGAAGCUUGAAAUUUUAACUUGCAUUGCAAAAGGAAUCUCUUAAACUAACACUCUGAUUGUCUCGUUACCUUACUAAGAAAGCUGCUAUCAAAGACCUUCCUAAUGAGAUUGUUUAAAUGAGGACUUAGAAGUCAGCUGUUAUUAAUGUGGAGAUCUCUGGGCCCAUACGAUGUUUUUCUCUCAAAUGCGUGGUGCGCAUGUUUUUCUAUUAUUGCAGAACGCUCCUCAAUUUUUGAUGAAAGAGGGUGCGAAGCCAUAAUUCAAUGUGCUUGUAUUGAAAAUUAUAACCUAUCAGAAGCAAUGCUUUAGCUGGACUCAUGAGUUCACCCAGUAGAAUUAAUUGAAGUUAUGACACAAGAACUACAUGAACAUCGCUAUCGAUCUGUAGCUAAAAUUUCUUAUGAAGAGACAAAAUUUUCUGUUGUAGGUAUCUUGAACAUAUUUUUUAGUAUAAAUUAUUUCCUCUUUAUGUUAUCAAGUCGCCUAUAGUUGUACAUAUUUCUUUAUUUCAAAAUUUUUGUUCAUACUUUUUAAUGUUGGAAUAAAUAGUCCUGAUAAGCUACUAAAUAAACAA